AUGAGUUUUAGUAGUAUACAAAACUGUGCGGCUGCUCUUAGGUAUUUGGGAUGCGCUAUAGCAUUUAAUUCAUCUAACGAACACUUGAAAGUAUCCGAGAAGACUUCAGUUGAAUGUGUAGAUUGGUUUUAUGCAUGUGUGUAUGAGGUUUUUCACGAACAAUAUUUGCGCAAACCUACUCAACGUGAUAUUGAAAGAUUAUAUUCGACUCAUGAAGAGAGGCAUAGAUUUUCAAGUAUGCUUGGCAGUCUAGAUUGUACGCAUGUGGCUUGGGAAAAAUGUCCAAAUGCAUUACGUUGCCAGUUCACUCGAGGAGAUAUAGGUGAACCAACUAUCAUCCUAGAAGUUGUUGCAUCUCAAGAUUUGUGGAUAUGGCAUGCCUUUUUCGGAGUAGCAGGGUCUAACAACGACAUUAAUGUUCUUGGACAGUCUCCUAUUUUCAACGAUAUUUGGACCGGCAAAGCACUUGAUAUGACGUUCAUAGUGAACGGGCACGCGUACAGAUACGGUUACUACCUUGGUGAUGGGAUAUACCCGAAUUAUUCUACAUUGAUGAAGGCAUACUCGGUUCCUCGAAGUGAAAAGGCAAAGUUGUUUACAAAAAAGCAGGAAUCGGCGAGAAAGGAUAUCGAGAGAGCAUUUGAAGCCCUUAAGCAGACAUGGCAUGUAGUGAAAUAUGCUACACGACUCUGGGAUAAAGAAAGAAUUAACGAAUGGUCCUAG